CUCAAACUCUGACGACGCCUCCUUCCGUGCCCGUCCGUCCUCUAUAAGGGCGCCGCCGAGGAGAGAGAACGAUGACUUCAGCUCUCCGGCGGAAGGCGGCGCAGAUGGCUUCCGCGGCGACACAGUGCUUCAGCUACUCCUCGUUGCCGGCCACGUGGGCUCUGCGGCAGCGGGGCGGCGGUGCCAGCGUGCUCCGGCUCUCUUCCCGGCGGACCUUCUCGGUCUCCGCGGCGGCCGGGUUCGACAACCAGAACCGCGAGUAUGUGAUCGUCGGGGGAGGGAACGCUGCGGGUUACGCCGCCAGGACGUUCGUCGAGCAUGGCAUGGCUGACGGCCGCCUUUGCAUCGUCUCCAAGGAGCCAGUUCCACCAUACGAGCGGCCAGCCUUGACCAAAGGCUAUCUUUUUCCUCCGGACAAGAAACCGGCUCGCCUACCUGGUUUCCAUACAUGCGUUGGAUCUGGUGGACAGCGACAGACUGCUGAAUGGUACAAGGAGAAUGGUAUAGAGGUGCUGUAUGAGGAUCCAGUUGUAGCAUUUGAUGGCAAAACGCAAACCUUAAAGACUUCAUCGGGGAAAGUUCUGAAAUACGGCUCACUUAUUAUUUCUACUGGAUGUGAAGCAUCGAGAUUACCUGAGAAAAUUGGAGGGAAAUUACCUGGAGUUCACUACAUACGGGAUGUUGCUGAUGCUGAUGCUCUAGUAUCCUCAUUGGGAAGUGCAAAGAAGGUGGUGGUUAUUGGUGGGGGCUAUAUUGGCAUGGAGGUAGCUGCAGCAGCUUGUGGCUGGAAUCUUGACACAACUAUUAUAUUCCCAGAGGACCACAUUAUGCCAAGAUUAUUUACACCCUCGCUUGCUAAGAAGUAUGAGGAACUGUAUCAGCAAAAUGGUGUCAAAUUCAUAAAGGGAGCUCUUAUCGAAAAACUUGGAGCUGGCUCUGAUGGAAGGGUGUCUUCUGCAGUACUUAAGGAUGGAUCUGUAGUUGAAGCUGAUACAGUAAUUGUUGGUAUAGGAGCAAAACCAGUUGUCAGCCCGUUUGAAGCUGUUGGAGUUAACCCUAAAGUUGGUGGAAUAGAGGUUGAUUCCUUGUUCAGAACUAGUGUACCUGGCAUCUUUGCAAUUGGAGAUGUAGCAGCGUUCCCCCUGAAGAUGUACAAUAGAAUUGCUCGAGUGGAACAUGUGGAUCAUGCUCGGAAGUCUGCGCACCACUGUGUAGAGACGCUCCUAACAUCCCAGACAAAAGCGUAUGACUACCUUCCAUACUUCUACUCGAGGGUUUUUGAGUACGAGGGAAGUUCGAGGAAAGUCUGGUGGCAGUUUUAUGGCGACAAUGUCGGCGAAGCAGUCGAAGUAGGGAACUUUGAUCCAAAGGUUGCGACUUUCUGGAUCGACUCUGAUAGCCGGCUGAAGGGUGUUUUCCUCGAGAGUGGAACCUCAGAGGAAUUCUCGCUUCUUCCGCAGCUCGCCAAAUCUCAGCCUGUUGUUGACAAGUCAAAGCUCCAGGCCGCGACUUCUGUUGAAGAUGCAUUAGAGAUUGCAAGAAGCUCACUCCGGUCCAGUGCCAUGGUUUAGCUCUCAGAAUCUAGUACUUUCUUGAACCCGAGGCUGUGCGCUGCUCGAGCGGUUCAUAGCGUCGAGACCACGUCAGCAAUAACGCACAAUUACAUAGAAUCUAUUCCCACUGGGGUUGUAACAUUCUUCAGUGCACCUGCGUCGGCUAUUUCCAGCUUGAAAUAAACCUGGUUGCCCUUUGAGGGGUUGAUGAGGAUGAUAGAUUGAAGCCUUUAUGCU